CUACAUUAUCACAAUAUGAAAUCAUAUCGGCACAACUCAAAAGUUACCAUCACAACGUUAGAUUCUAGAUUCUUUUCCUGUAACGCUUAGCUGACCAGUCGAUCAACAUACUUGACCCCAACCAUUAAUUGAGGAUAGGCGACACGGUGGGCCCAGUCACUGUCAUGCAACGCUCGAGCAGUCAGUCGACCACUUCGUCAGGCUCAGGCAAACCAGCCGACUAUGUCACUUUUGAGCGUAGUCCUGCUGGUUUCUCUGAUGACGCUGUUCACCGCGCAAAAGCCGCACAGCUGAAGCUGGAGCUUUUCUACAAGGUUGCUGUAGAGGCUGCCAUAGAGCGGAAUACCAGGCGUGUUGAGCUUGAAAGGAAGCUGCAGGCCGAUGUCAUGACGUCCGAAGACAGAAAACAUCGUCAACUGCAACAACUGGGAAAGAAGGAGUCUACUUAUCUUCGACUUCGGCGGACGCGGUUGGGCUUGGAGGACUUCAGAACAGUCAAGGUGAUUGGGAAGGGUGCUUUCGGUGAGGUCAGGCUGGUCCAAAAGACUGAUACAGGUAAAAUUUACGCUAUGAAGACCUUGAAGAAGGAAGAGAUGUUGAAAAAGGACCAGUUGGCCCACGUCCGCGCCGAGCGCGAUGUUCUGGCCGAGUCCAACUCCGCUUGGGUGGUUCAACUGUUUUAUUCCUUCCAGGACGCGCAGACGCUGUAUCUUAUCAUGGAGUUCCUCCCUGGUGGUGACCUCAUGACCAUGCUCAUUAAAUAUGACACAUUCUCCGAGGACGUCACUCGGUUCUACAUCGCAGAAUGUGUACUUGCCAUCGACACUGUCCAUAAGCUUGGCUUCAUCCACAGGGACAUCAAGCCGGACAACAUCCUAAUCGACAAGGAUGGUCACAUAAAGCUGUCUGAUUUCGGACUGUCCACUGGUUUUCACAAGCAACACGAUUCAAGUUAUUACCAGCGGCUUCUAGACGGCGUACAGUCACCGGCUGCCGCUGCCCGUAACAGUGUCAUGGUCAAUGCCAUACACCUGACUAUGUCAAGCAAAGACCAGAUUGCUACAUGGAAAGCCAACCGCCGGAAAUUGGUAAGAACACUGCCAUAUCCGCAGCAAGCACUGACUUGGUUGCGUAUAAAGGCAUAUUCGACUGUUGGAACUCCUGAUUACAUUGCCCCCGAAAUCUUUCAGCAGAAAGGCUAUGGCAAUGAAUGUGAUUGGUGGUCGUUAGGUGCAAUUAUGUUCGAAUGCCUCGUCGGAUACCCUCCCUUCUGCUCCGAAUCCACGCACGAGACCUAUCAAAAGAUCAUGCAAUGGCAAUACCACCUAGUGUUCCCAGACGAUGUCCAUCUAAGUCGAGAAGCCGAAGAUCUGAUCCGGCGACUCAUUACAUCUCCCGAUCGGCGAUUGGGUAUCGAACAGAUCAAGAAACACCCGUUCUUUUAUGGCGUGGAGUGGGACACUAUACGCGUGAUUGAUGCGCCUUUUGUACCGCAUCUUCGCUCCAUCACGGAUACGUCAUACUUCCCUACGGACGAGAUUGACCAAGCGCCAGCUGAAGCCCCGGUAGCGGAUUCUGCUGAUGCUCAAAAGGACCUUGCGUUCCUCGGAUAUACCUUCAAGCGAUUCACCAUUUCAUCGCACGCUUUUUGAUGUUAAACUACUUGCUUUGUAUAAUAUAUAUAUGCAAGAUUUGUAUACAUGCAUGUAUGACCAUGUACGGUUAAAGAAUGAUGCAUGAUGCAUUAAUGAAUGACCCGAUGUU